AUGGCUAACAUAUCUUUGUACAUGGUGGCUGUCGGUUUCGAGGCAACCAGGCCGUGUUUGUCUUCGUUUGGGGGCGACCAGUUCGAUGAGAAGAAACAACGAAGCUCAUUCUUCAACUGGUCCUUUAUGAUACAAAACGUCGGAAUGAUGAUCAGCACAUCUGCGGUGGUGUGGCUUGAAACAAACGUCAGUUCGGCAUCGGGCCUGGGUGUUUCUGUCACUGCAAUUGCUUUAGCCUUGGUUUGUUUUUCAUUCGGCACUCCAAUGUGCUGUUUCCAACAACCCGGAGGGAGUCCCCUGACAAAAUUGUGUCAGGUUAUAAUUGCCUCCAUUCGAAAGUAUGAUGUUCGACUUCCUAGUGACGCAUCAGCCCUCUAUGAGCUUAGCCACAUUGAAGAAGAAGACGGAUACAAGCUUCAACACACUGACCAAUUGAGGUAA